AUGUCUUCCAACUCAACAUUAUGGCCGAAUACUAUACAUUUCAAUGAGACUUAUAUGAACUACCGUAUCCAAUGGAAUGGUUGGCCUCAAAUAUGUGCAGUCCUUCCCUGGAUUUACAUACUUCCAAGUUUCCACGUCAUCUGCAAGAUAUUCUCAGUCUACCUAUCUGCUAACUGGACCCGACCGGAGCCAGGAUUGAAUCAACAUGUGUUUCUAGUGAUUUCGUUAUCACAACUCACUGUUUUCAUUUUUUUCUUAUUCGAUUGGUUUAUGGUUCGACUUCCGUCUACCGGGUUGUUCACUUCAUGGUGUGCAUCAAUUGAGCCGAAUCAUUUUUUGAAGUUUAUCUUCAUGAUGGCAUAUUACACAAAUUAUUGUGCAAUGAUUUUUCCGUUUUUGAUGCCUGUGGUGAGGUUGGUGGUCGUAUCGUUUCCAAGGAAUCAUUUUAAGAUAAACUCAAUUCUCCUGCGCGUCAGUGUGCCUCUCAUCUGGCUCUACCCCCUCUGUUUCACCUUUUUCCUUAUUCCAGCAGUUGGUGUUUGCCGUCAAAUUAGUAGUCCAUAUCCGUUGGGUGCUAUUCAUAUUUAUUAUGCAAAUGCUGCGUUUGGGCUCCGAAACUCAUAUUUCUACCUCUACAACACUAUUGCAUGGCUCACACUCGCAAUUCUGGCCAAUAUUCUUCUAUUCUUUAAAGUUGCAAAGGCCAGAGCGCAACUCAUCAGUUUUCAAAAAAGUGCAGUGUCUUACAAAGCGGAAUUAUCGAUUACAAUUACUACUGUAGUUAUGAUACUUUUCUAUGUUAUCAAUGGAGGUUUUAUAAUAAUUUAUGUCCUGUACUAUGGUACAAGUUCCUAUUUCUCGUUUUUGGUUAUUGUGAAAGCGUUUGCAAACGACGCGGAGACUUGUGUUGUUCCGUGGAUAUUCUAUUUGACUCAUCCGGUAUUCAAGAAGAAAGCAAUCAGUGGUGACUUGGUAUAUUCUACGAGUUCUUUCAAGAGACGGAUUAAUAAUAGUUGA